UAGUUAGUUGUAAAAUAAAAUAGCACCCUGUAUUCUAAGACGUAACCUUGCUUGAAGAAACAUCAAGCACCUUAGUCCCGCGGUUAACUUCGCAAGUGUAGCACGCAGCCCAGCCUAACUAUUUUUAUAAAGUGUAAAAGUCGUUGCAAAUUCAAUUCGAGGAAACGUACCUUAAAUAUGUCGUCGUUCGGGAUGUGGUGUAAAAUAACGGCCAUUUUGACAUUUACGUGUUUGAUUUACGAAUGCAUUGGUUUGAGUACAUUUGGUGUAUCGAAUACGAAACCGCCAGCUCCCGCGACACCCAGACCACCACCGGCCCGUCCGUGCUCCCGUCAAGCUGAUUGCGCGGGCAUCAGCAGCUCAUCAUGCGUCAGAACUCAUUACGACUCGGUGACAAGAUGUCUCUGCGGUGAUAACUCUCCACCAUUGAACGGACAAUGCGAGGCUCAAUCGAAACUUCUUUACCACGUUUGUGCGAACAGCGAUGAAUGUAACGAUGGCUUGGUGUGCGGUGCACCCAACAUUACCGGCAACGCACAGCCACAUCUCCGUGUCCUGACUCCACAAGAUAAGAUCUGCCUUUGUGAUACCGAGAGUGGAUACAGGGAACGUGAAUAUACUUGCAGCGAUGCUGAAAUUCUCAAGACUUCCAUCUUUGCGAUCAUCUUCGUCACUAGCUUAAGGAAAAUUGUAUUUUAUUAAUCGGUCCUUAAUGUUUUUUCUAGUUUUUAUUUCAUUUUUAAUUCUAACAUGAGUAUCCAUUAUUGAAAUUGUCUCAUAAGAUUGUAGUAGGUAUUAAAUUAAAUGUCACUUUCAUAUCUAAUCUAUGACUAACGUUAUUCAAUAAUUACAUUCCAAAGUAACGAACGUUUUCCAAAUAAGAUAUGACCUAAAGGUCUAUGUUACCAGGUCAUAAAAUUAAAAAAAAAUUACAUUAUUGUGU